CGGAUGUGACGCAGCGUCCAAAGUUUUGGAAACGCGCGUUGAAGCUAAAGUAACAAUGAAUUAAUGAGUUUUUGAGAAAAAUUAUCGCAUUUAUCAAAGAAAAGAUGGCGACGAAACGUAAACCAGACAUCAUAGUACCCGCGGAGGAGAGUGACCAGCUCCUGAUCCGUCCGCUAGGAGCAGGACAGGAAGUGGGGAGAUCAUGCAUCAUCCUGGAGUUCAAAGGAAGAAAAAUCAUGCUGGACUGUGGGAUCCAUCCUGGUCUGGAGGGGAUGGACGCGCUGCCGUACAUCGAUCUGAUCGAUCCGGCUGAAAUUGACCUCCUGCUCAUCAGCCACUUCCACUUGGAUCACUGUGGAGCUCUGCCCUGGUUCCUGCAGAAGACGAGCUUUAAAGGACGGACCUUCAUGACGCACGCCACCAAGGCCAUCUACCGCUGGCUGCUGUCCGACUACGUCAAAGUCAGUAACAUCUCAGCAGAUGACAUGCUGUACACGGAGACAGACCUGGAGGAGAGCAUGGAGAAGAUAGAGACCAUCAACUUCCACGAGGUCAAGGAAGUGGCCGGCAUCAAGUUCUGGUGUUAUCACGCCGGUCACGUCCUUGGAGCCGCCAUGUUCAUGAUCGAGAUAGCAGGUGUCAAGUUGUUGUACACAGGAGACUUUUCCCGUCAGGAGGACAGACAUCUGAUGGCUGCAGAGAUCCCGAGUGUCAAACCGGACAUCCUCAUCACUGAGUCCACAUACGGGACACACAUCCACGAGAAGAGAGAGGAGAGAGAGGCUCGUUUCUGUAACACGGUGCACGACAUUGUGAACAGGGAGGGUCGCUGCUUGAUCCCAGUCUUCGCUCUGGGACGAGCUCAGGAGCUGCUGCUAAUCCUCGAUGAGUACUGGCAGAACCAUCCGGAGCUCCACGAUAUCCCCAUCUACUACGCCUCGUCUCUGGCCAGGAAGUGCAUGGCCGUCUACCAGACUUAUAUCAACGCCAUGAACGACAAGAUCCGCAAGGCUAUCAACAUCAACAACCCCUUCGUCUUCAAGCACAUCAGCAACCUUAAGAGCAUGGACCACUUUGACGACAUCGGGCCCAGCGUGGUCAUGGCGUCUCCGGGUAUGAUGCAGAGCGGCCUGUCCAGAGAGCUGUUUGAGAGCUGGUGCACCGACAAGAGGAACGGCGUCAUCAUUGCUGGGUACUGUGUGGAGGGAACGCUCGCCAAGCACAUCAUGACAGAGCCUGACGAGAUCACCACCAUGUCAGGUCAGAAACUUCCUCUGAAGAUGUCGGUGGACUACAUCUCCUUCUCCGCUCACACCGACUACCAGCAGACCAGCGAGUUCAUCCGAGCGCUCAAACCGCCACACGUGAUUCUGGUUCACGGUGAGCAGAACGAGAUGGCCCGCCUGAAAGCGGCUCUGAUCCGGGAGUACGAAGAUAAUGAUGAGGUCGACAUCGAAGUCCACAACCCGCCAAACACCGAGGCCGUCGCACUCACCUUCAGAGGAGAGAAGCUGGCGAAGGUGAUGGGCUCUCUGACAGACAGGAAGUGUGUUCAGGGUCAGAGGGUCUCGGGGAUUCUCAUCAAGAGGAACUUCAACUAUCACAUCGUGACGCCCUCCGACCUCUCCAACUACACUGAUCUGUCUUUGGGCACAGUGACUCAGACUCAGGCGAUCCCAUACACUGGACCCAUCUCCCUGCUGGUCAGCCAGCUCCGCAGCCUUGCAGGAGACGUGGAGCAGGUGGAGGGGGCAGAGAAAAUCACCAUCAGGAUCUUUAAAAGCAUUACUCUGGUUCACGAGGCGGGCAUGGUGCUGCUGGAGUGGGUCGCCAACCCGCUCAACGACAUGUAUGCUGACGUGGUGACUACGGUGGUCCUGGAGGUCCAAUCCAACCCCAAUGCCCAGAAAUUUCUGGAAGGAAAGAGGGAUACAUUCGACAUCGACGUGUUUAUAGAGAGACUCGGCCUCAUGCUGCACGACAUGUUUGGCGACGACUGCGUGAACUUCAGAGAUGGUAAAAACUUGAGCGUGACAGUGGACGGAGUCACCGUCUUCAUCAACACAGAAACCAGAGCCGUGUCUUGCGCUGAGGACGAGUCUCUAAGGGAGAUGGUGGAGGUCGCCGUCCAUCGCCUCUACGACGCCCUCAGCCCCAGCUGUGACAUCAGAGGGUAUCUGCCUCCUGUCAGCGCCGCCUCCCAGUGAUGUCAUCAGCGUGGACGACGGGCUGAGGAUGAACUGUUUGAGAUUAAACUUGCUUUGUUAUUCUUUAACAAAGAAAAAAUUCUUUGUGUCAAACCGAUUCCAAAGGAAUCUCAUCAGGAGACGACGGAGACGGAGGGAGAUGGACCAAUAACCUGCAGCUUUUUUAUGUUUGAUGUCUGUAAAACUGAAAAUAAAUGACUUUUCAGGUCAAAUUGGUAAUGGUUUU